CGCAAGCCGAUUGACUCUGGCGUCUCUCCGUGUCAGCCUUCUCAAGUCCUCCCACGCGGCUCUUGCGACGCGUCGAGCAGCGUCCACGACUUGGCUAUGCUGCUGUUACAUCGUCUGUGUAUGCUAUGUGCCGCAGAAACUCGGUCGUCUUGUCAGGUUCUUUUGACACUGCUUGCCGUCGGCAGCGACUCAGUGUGCCUGCUGAACCUAGUGAUAAGCUGGAAUACCGCGAUGCCGUCCGCAAGGCCAUCGUCUGAGUCAGCGAUGUUCGCAAGUCGCGGCGUAUAUAGAGUCGAGGGGGAGACUGGUUUCUUCUGUAUCCCCUCAAUCGCUAUCUGCCAGGAGGAUGGCGUCCGAGAAAGAACUUCCCAUUCACCAACAUGUCAGCGCGAUAGAACCUGCACGGCUUCAAGCCCCCGUUCAAAAUCAGGGUGCUGGGUCGCGCAUGUCUCGCCUUGGGGGUGUCCUGCGUAUCCUUGCUGCUCUGUGCUGUCUUGCUGUCCUUGCGCCCAGGCUUCACUUACUAUCCAAGUCGACGACUUUACCUGCACGUCAUGCCGGGUUCGAACUCCAUCGGAUGAGCAAUGCCUGUCCGCAAGCCGCUGUGAUUACACCCUCGUCUUCUGAACUACUUGAAGAACUCGAGGUGGAAUUCGCUACAGAGGAGUUCCGGCAGCAUGCCUAUGGAUCUUUGAGCGGCGCAAUCCAGAUCCCGACCGAGAUGUACGAUGAUAUGGGGAUUCCAGGGGAAGAUCCAAAGUGGGACAUCUUCAGCGAAAUGCAUGCAUAUCUGGAGUCGCGUUUCCCGUUGGUACAUGCAAAGUUGACCAAGGCGACGGCAAAUACAUACGCAUUGGUAUACCACUGGCAAGGAUCCGAUGAUUCCCUGAAGCCGAUGCUCUUGACCGCGCAUCAGGAUGUUGUCCCGGUGGAGCCGUCCACUGCGGACCAGUGGACUCAGCCACCGUUCUCUGGCUAUUAUGAUGGUGAAUGGAUCUGGGGUCGAGGUAGCUGCGACGACAAGCCAGGCCUAAUCAGUACACUGACUACUGUCGAGACGCUUCUGCGAAAGGGAUUCCAACCGGCCCGUUCUAUUGUACUGGCGUAUGGGAUGGAUGAGGAACGCGGUGGCCGCGCUGGUGCUACUGCCAUCAGGGACUACUUAUUGGGGCACUACGGCGAGGACGCAUUUUCCAUCAUCGUUGACGAGGGCGGUGGAUACUCGAUCAGAGGGGACGCACUCAUGUCCAGUCCUGCAGUGGCUGAGAAGGGCAAGCUCGACGCGAGGCUCGAGAUCUCCACACCAGGUGGCCAUUCGAGUGUCCCACCCCGUCACACUUCGAUCGGCAUGCUUGCAGCCCUCAUCAAGCACAUCGAGGCGAACCCUCACGUCCCACGCCUCAAUCGCACGUCGACGUACUAUUCCCAACUGCAGUGUCAGGCGGAGCACGAUCCGCUGUUCCCCAAAACGCUGAAGAGGCUGGUCAACCGCUCGCUGAAAUGCGACAAGGCGCUUGCGAAGCUCGAGAAGGAACUGCUCAAGAGCGAUCCGAUGUUUGGACCCCUUGCUGGGACGACACAGGCUGUGGAUAUCAUCCAUGGCGGCGUGAAGUCGAAUGCGUUGCCUGAGAACGCGUACUUCAUCAUGAACCAUAGGAUCGACAGUGUCAGCUCGGUGGACACUGUGAAGUCUCACAUUGCCGACACAGUGGGCUCGCUGGCCAAUGGCUUCAACCUGUCUGUCGACGCCUUCGGUGUGCAGUACGGCGAUCUCAACAAGGAGACGACAUUUGGUCAUCUGCAGAUGUCCGACGCGUAUGGUACGCAGCUCGAGCCUGCCCCGGUCACCCCGACGUUCGGAAGCGGUCCCUAUGAGCUCUUGGCUGGCACUGUAAUCGGUGCCCUGAGUUCAUCCAACAGGACCGGCAUGCCGAAGAAGGUCUUCCUGGCUCCGAGUCUCUCGACAGGCAACACCGACACGAGGCACUACUGGAAGCUGACGAAGCACAUCUUCCGCUACGGACAUGUUGGUCGUGAGGACCACUACAACGGGGCGCAUACGGUAAAUGAAGCUUGCCGUGCGGAGGGCUUCUUGGAGGUCAUUCGCUUUCACACCAGACUGAUCCUCAAUGGACAUGACUCGCCGCUCCUCGAGUAGGGCAAUAGCUCAAGCUAUGUGAUGGCGAUCCUCGAGACAAUUGGAUGUUGUUGUUUGACUGUUGUUGCGAGCUUUGUGGCCUUUGCGGAAUCCUAUCGAACUCAUCUGUCUUCGAGCAUGACUAGGAAAGUCUGUGGUACAUCCUCCACGACCAGACAAACAAUUGACAUUGUGGUGCGGCGCUCAGCCUCCCGCUGACUCGCGAACCGGUUCACUGGCUGAUCUAUUGAUUGUGUGUUCUGCGCCGUGCCGGUGGGUUAUCGCCGGACAAUCACUGCGCCAUCAUCGAC